AUGAACAACGAUGCCCAGGAGUUGUAUAAUGCCGUCAUAGAUAGUAACAUAUCUUACACAGAAAUGCUCAUCAACAAGUUUAAGACUCACGUGAAAAAAGACUUUGUCAAUUUGGCAAACGUCCCAAAGUAUUUUGAGUGUUUGACUAUCGCCAUUAACAAACAAGAAAACGAAAAUACUUCAAUACCCAUACUGGCGUUUAGCACACUUUGUCACUUGGUGAAGAGAGUUAGCAUGCAAGAUGCCAAUGUACUAAAAAUCAUAGACUACUUUGCAUUGCCAGUCUUAAUAGGGAAACUCGACCAUCCCAAAACUGCAGUGAAGAACUCUGCCAAGAAGGCCAUUAAAGUGUAUUGGGAAUCCUGCCCUAUGGAAGUCGAAACUGCUAUUAGAGAUCACGGUCUUAUGAGUAAUGAAAGUGGCGUCGUUUUGGAAUCAUUGUUAUUACUACUAGACAUGGUGUCGACUAAUGUUCAGAGCUUUACUUUUAAACCAUUCACCAGCAAAGUUGUCCGAAUACUAAAGUCACCCAAAUUAGAACUACAGAAUGCUUCAAAGCAACUACUGAUAGAGUUUUUUACCAAUUGCCCCAAUAAAGCAGCUGCAAUUGAUCUUGCAAAGGAAUUGGUCAAAGAAGACGUGAGAGAAGAUGUGUCCAAAGACCUACUGGAAAGCAUAGAACCCAGGUUAGUUGACGAAUACAAGCUAUUGAAGCAAGAGAGUGUGGAAAACAAUUUUGUUUCCGCUGGGUCCGUAGCAAUCAAGUCUUCAUUACCACCCUCUUCUUUGAAGACCAAUACCGUACGCCGAAUCAAAUCUAAGCCGUCAAUCGCCAAACUUAGAAAUCCCCCAGUUGCGGCACCACCAAAAUCCACUUUGCAUCACUCUUCUUUCACGCUAACGUCCCAGUCUUCGUCAUUAUCUGCCUUUUUAAAUACACUGGAGGGCUAUGCCUUGGAACCCAACGUUGCAAUACAUAAUAUAUCUGAUUUGGAAUCUUUUACUCGAGAAUUAUCAACGUACGAUUCCAAGUUUGAAGGUAAGGAGACAGAGCUUAACUGGAGAGGCAGAGAACAGGCAAUGAUUUUUUUGCGAUCUACUUUACGAGGAAAUGCACCCCAAGAUUACCCUCAUGAGCUUAGUCAAUGUAUUCGACUCAUGCUAGAAUCAAUUAGCAAAGCAAUAAUGUCUCUACGCACGACUUUGUGUUCUAAUGGGUGCCAGCUUGUGAAAGAAGCGUCCAUAAUAUUGAAUACACACUUAGAUUCCUUUACAAUUGAUCACAUUUCUACUACACUUUUUAGACAAUGCAGUGCAACAAAAAGGAUCACAUCAAUGACAUCCAUGGCAUCAAUAAGUGGUAUACUAUCCAAUUGCAUCUUGACUUCGAAGCUAAUUACCUUAAUACAGAAUGCUUCGACUGAGAAAAAUCCUCAGCCAAGAUUGUAUUCAGCGAUAUGGGCCACCAUUCUUCUCUACCGAUAUACUGAUAACGAAUCCGCUGUUUUUGAGUCCAACGGAUUAGUGGAAUUCAUUUCAAAGAUUCUAUUGCGCAAUCUUCCAGAUCAAUCGGCCGAAGUCAGAGAGAAUAUGCGAGAAUUGUUUUGGCGAUUGCAUGCUUUAUAUCCUGAAGCUUCAGAUGUUGUCUUCAAUCGACUUGAUAACAAUGUUAAAAAGGCCCUUCAAAGAAUGAAGGUCAAGUCUCAGGAUGAGUUCAAACUUAAACAUUCUUCACAAUCUGUAAAGUCUGUCGAUCACCGUCAAUUCAGCAAAGAGUCGGAAAGUGCAAAGGCUGAAUCUUUACUGGAAUUGGGAAAACCAUCCAGAGUGUCUACAUCAAAUAAAUUGCAACUUCUUUCGAGUCAAAAGCCUCAUUCGUCCUUGGGCGUUAGGCACAGUUCUGGUAAUGAAUCUCAAAGAAGCUCAACCGAGGUCACCACUACUAAAGUUCCUCAAUCUGCAGAGCCGGUUUCAACUGUAUUUCAAGGUUUGACCACUGAGUCUAGUAUGGGAAGUCAAAAGAAGACGGCAAUUGAACCUAACACUCCUUCACCACAAACUUUUGAAAAUAUCUUUAAUCUUUUAAGUUCAUCAUCUGUAUUAGCACAAAAAGAGGGUAUUUCUUUACUUCGUUUUUCUUUGUUGAUGAACGAAACAUUACCGGCAAAGUUGGAAACUCUGGUAAACUCGAUAUCCAUAAAUGACCCCACGGUCCUAAUACCUUUACUUGCCAAAGACACGAUUGCCCGAUUAUGCAAAUUUACUAGUCUGAGAAGUGUCCUACGAAUGGCAGUGAUUGCACUUGAAUCCAACGCCAAUUUCAAAGAAAAUUUUUUGAUGGAAUCGUUUGUGGAACAAUUAUCCAACUUCGUCGAUAACAAUGAAGUUUGUUCUGAAGUCAUUCAUACACUCCAAACGUGUAACGAUAUACGGUACGAAUCAAAUGCCCGUAUAUCUAUGCAAAUAAUCAAGUUCAAACAACCACUUAUACUUUUUCAUGCACAGUUCCUUUUGCUAUUUCUUGAGAGACAUGAUAUUAGUGAUAAUUAUUUGACCACUUUAGUGGAGACAUUGCUACAAAAUUUUGACACGAUAAAAGAUGUUGAAGAUCAGAGUUCGUUAUCUGCCAUCAUUCUUCUAAUAAAAUUGCUAAAAAGUAUAAAUAUCGAAGUAUUCAAUUCCUGUGUUGGUCGACUGCCAUCUUAUUCUCAAUCAGAACUCAAUCAAGCAAUAUCUUCAGGUAGAGGCAAACAAAGGUCCUUAUCGGCUGAAGAUGAUGAACAAAUGCUCGAUUAUGGUUACGAUGUGGAGCAACUGGAGAGAUCUUUGGAGAUGACUAUGAUCAACCCUCAAAAAGCCAAUAUGCCUCCUCUAGAGAACGUUGAUAUCAAGGGCGAUAUGACUAUGAUUGUACCCAAUAUGAACAGUCGAGAUGAUACCAAAGUCAUUGAAGGUACUAAGGAGUUAACAUCGCAGUUGAAUUUUAGUGCGGCUACAGUUGCAACCUCUUCUAAUUCUCAUGGAGAUUCUGUGGGUGGUACUUCCAAAACAUCAGUUUCAAAUGAAGGACUUCAAAAUAUUAUAGAGAAAUCUGAUCCUUUUCAUAAACAAAGUAAUGAAGUCAUUGAAAUAUAUGAGGAUGCUGGACAUCACUUAGAGAAUAAGAUCCAACAAGUUUCCAUGUUAGAUACCAUGGAUUCGUGGUUUGACUUUGAACUGCAAAAGUUCUCAGUUGUGUAUGCUAAAUCUCAAAUAGAGCAAGUUGAAGAUUUUGUCAAGGAUACUGAUCUGACAGCUAUCUCAAAUCUUGACUUGUUAAACUUGACACCACAGUCCUUUUAUGAGACCAUAUAUCAUCUGAGAACUACUCCUAUUGCUCAAAUGGAACCAGUCGAAAAGAUAGUCGACAAAAUUUUACUGUUCUUGGAGCAAGCCAAUAGAAAUGAAAUUGGUAAAGAGUCUAUCAUGAUGGUUGUAUCUCUACUGAAACAGUGUUGUGUACUGGGUUUUGUGAAAGAUUUAGUCCGGCUGUGGACAGUAAUCUUAUCCUUAUUCAACGAAGUCGAGGACUUUUUGGAUGAGUUGUAUUUUGCAUCACAAAGUUUGGCUAACCACAUCAAUGAUCCUUCUGUGAUGAUUGAGUCUCUAAAUGAGAAAGAAAACCCGGUCAAAUUGUGUUUCAUUCUAAGUACAUUGAUGAGGGUAGAGUUGAAGGACGAUGUUGAGUCUGACCAGGCUUUACUAAUGAUUAGACAUUUAGGCCCGUUAUUAAGUCAUACGGAUGUGAGCGUCCGAAAGUAUGCAACUCAGCUCUAUGCCUCCAUCAAUUUCACACACAGCACCAAAUUGAAGUCAUUUCUUGAAGAGCUAACACCAACUCAGCGGCAGUUGGUUGAAUACUAUAAAGAUAACAUUAAAUAG